AUGUUCCGACGACUUGGCGCACGUGCUGGCAGCUUGGCGAGGCCCACAAACAAUAACAGUGGUAAUGUGAACAACGCCGUAAGUGUCGCACGCCGUCACUUGGAGCCAAUGAGCACAUGGUAUUUGGCCUCAUGGACAUUUGUGUGGUACUACGCCUUCUUCUUCUGGAUGCCGAUGGUGUGGACGGACCUCAUGGUGCCAUCGUUUGUGUACAACAAACUGCCGGUGAUUCACUUUGUGCAGGAGCGACGGGCUGAACAGAAGUUGCGUCGCGUGCUGGACGAGACGUGCACCGAGUGGACAGAGGAACUCGACCAGGCACACAUCACGGAAGCCAUCGCACGGUCCUUCAAGUUGUAG